AUGAAUAGCUUUGCUAAGCAAGUAAUUCCAUUUGUGUGUGGAGCCAGCCCUAGUCCCUUUUUAGAGUUGGAUUUUACCUCGCGGGAAAAGAAGGCGCGGAGUUUGAAAAGAGAAACCCAGCAGAUCUUAUAUAGUGCAAUAGGAAAACUUUCCAGCGUGAAACCAGAAGUUACUCCCUGGGCUCCAAGCUUUUCCUUUUGCCUAGAGUCGACAGAAGAUCCAUAUUUUGAAUUUUUUGGCUGGCAACUCACUAUGGCGAAGAAAGUAGCUCACUCAUGAGCCGUUGAAGUCAGUAGCUUCGUCCCCAAGCAUAUCGGAUAUGAUUAA